UGUUAUAAAUGCGCAGUCUGGCAAGCCCAGCUCGGCUAUAAGAAAUACGGUCACACUUCUCCGAACAGCUGUCUUCUGCGACCUGAUUAUUUAACUCGGCUGGAAUAACAGAAAUAUUUAAUGAAAUAAAUUCUGAAUUAGAAUUAAACAUGAGACACGCUCAAUUCUUAGCACGCACUGUGUUUGUGCACAACAAUAACGUGGAGGAAGCAUGCCGAAUUCUAAACCGCAUACUCGGCAAGGAAGAAAUCUUCGAUCAGUUUCGCCGCACGCGUUUCUACGAGAAGCCUUACCAGGUGCGUCGUCGUAUUAAUUUUGAAAAGUGCAAAGCCAUCUACAAUGAGGACAUGAAUCGCAAAAUUCAAUUUGUGCUGAGAAAGAAUCGUGUAGAUCCAUUUCCAGGCUGCAAUUAAUGAAAAUGCUUUAUU